AUGAUCCAUUAUUUGGAAUCAAUUUGGCAAAUGGGUGCUGCUGAUGGCUAUAUCACCAAAACUCCCAAGCAUCUCCAUAUUGAGUUUGCCAAACAGGCAUAUAAGGCAACUAAUUGGCAUGAUUUUUUUGCACAGAUGACUGUUUACCUUGAGCAAUGCAAACACAUUGCAAAAUUUGAUGCAUAUCUUCACUGGGCAAUCCCCAAGUAUGCCAACAAUCUCCAAACUCAACAAGGUGUGUACAAGGACCCUGCGGCUCCAGGUUGGCAACUUGCUCAAAUCAGUCCAGUUCCACCCAUUCCAAUUUCCAUCCUAUCACAAGUGUACAGCAUCCACAAUUUCGAGUUUUAUAUGAACAAAUUUUUUGACAAUUACAAUAUACCAUUGGUGUUCUCCCCUGACAACAGAUUGACAGUUUUCCCAAAAGCAACACAGAUAAUUGACAAUGCAUUUGCUACAGCCCUUGUUGAUUGCAUACAUGCUUCUCCAGUACCAUCAGUGUUGGGUUCUCCUGGAACUUUUGAUAUGGUUCUGAUUAAAAAGGCUGAACCAGGGCAAGGUCAGUUCCCUGGCCGUCUUACAUAUGGGAUGCCUGCUCAUUGUAUUGGUCAAGUUUGCCUCAUAUUCAAGCUCCUGCCUCAUUACAACAUCCACAAUCCACUUGUAUACAUCCAACAAUUUGACAGGCCAAGCUGGAGAGCACCGCUUGUUGAAGUAAACAUGUAUAGGGUUAAACAAACAUGUCACACACAACAGUAUGACAAAUGCUAUGUUGAGGAAGUUAUCCCUCUUGCGUUGAUUUGUCAAACUUGCCAUUUGAUUCCUCAGUUUGGUAGACCCAAAAAUACUCCAUUGAUUGAUACACCUACUGCUGAUCCAUUAGAACUCUUUGAGAAUUUCUUUAUUAACUCUUAUUUUGAUCUUCAUACUUUCCAAAUGUUGUCUGUGUAG